AUGCUGCUAUUAUAUGCCCUGGACGUUGCUGUAGACCUCUUGCCCUGGCUGUUGUUCAAAGUGGCAAACGGACAACUUCGACGUUUUUUGAAAUCGCCAUUGAUGGAAAGAAAGGCUCAAAUUGGUAGCGCCAAAUUUUCCAAAACUGUUGAUGCAUUCCACCUCUUGAUCAUCCCAAACCCACCACCAUCAACCUCCGUCAAGAACAAUCUUGCAAGCGAAAGAGUCGCUCGUAGUAAUAGUGGCGGUGGUGAUAUUUUGAAGAUGGAGUUUACUGCAGUGAUAUUCUGCGGAAAGGGAAAAGCGUUGACUCCAUUUUCGGAAACGCGAUCAACAGGGAUACCAAAGGCUUUGAUUCCAGUGGCUAAUAAACCUAUACUCAGCUAUGUCUUGGAUUGGUGCCAAUCGGCCUAUUUUGCCAAGAUUGUCGUGGUGACUUCUGAAGAAACCGGAGAUGCAGUUCAACACGAGAUUUACCGCUACAAACAGGAUAAAAAGAAGAAAGAGGCCAGCGAGCUGUCGGAAGAGGUGCAAAAGGGGUUUGAAUCUACCCCCAUUGAAUUGAUGCCCUUUACGGCAGAGCAUAGUGGGGAAGUUGUGCAUUUCCUUUACAAGAAUUCAGUGUUCAGAUCUGAGAUUGAAAAUUUCAUCAUCAUGCCUUGCGAUUUCGUUACCAAUCUACCACCUCAAGUGCUCAUUGAGGCAUUUCGCAACACCGAUGCAAAUCAAAUUGGAUUAUCGGUUGCAUACAAGAACCAGCUAGAUAUAGAGGAUAAGAAGCUGAAGACAUUUCCCAAGAGCUAUACCGUUUACUCAAAUAGCAAUUCGAUUGAAGACGACUCGUUUUUGUUGGACCACUAUGGAUUGGAAGACAUUGAAGCUUCAAAGAUGUUGCAGUUGCGAACUCAAAUGUGUUGGAGGUACCCCAACUCAAUCAUAAGCACGAAAUUGCUCAACAGCGGUAUUUUCCUCGGAUCCAACAAGAUAUUUGAAAUUAUCCAAAACGAAAGCGACAAGUUCACCGAAACCUAUUUCCAAACAAGAAGCAUCAACAAAAUCGUUCGUGAUUUGGCCAGGCGAUCAUGGAGACACUCUAAGCCUCGGGAAACCGUUGGAUUAAUGAUUAUUCCGCGCGAGGCUACAUUUUUCCGAGUCAACAAUUUGCCAGUGUGGAUGGAGGCCAACAGAUACUUCAUGAAACAGCAAGCGAUGAAUAAAGGAUCGCAAAGCCAGCAACAACAACAACAACAAUCAAAAGAUAAAGCAGGGGCUCAUGUUGGUAAUGACUCCAUGGUUGGUGAACAGACUGUAUUGGGCGAAAAGACCAAUGUCAAAAAGAGUGUUAUUGGCGCCAAUUGCAUUAUAGGUAAAAAAGUGAGGUUAAAUGCAUGUUUGCUCUUGGAUAGAGUCAAAAUCGAAGAUGACGUUCAAUUGGACAAUUGCAUAAUUGGCUGUGACGUGAUUAUUGGCUCGAAAUCCAGGCUCACAAAUUGUCAAGUCGAAUCUACAAAUGAAGUUAUCGCGGGCACGCAAUCUAAAGGUGAUACUUUACUAUGUUUGACCCUAGAGAAUUUGGCAAACGGCGACGAAGGAGAUGAUGAGUUUGCAUUGGCCACGGGAUCUUCAGAUGACGACGAUGAAGACAACUCGGAAGAAGAUGAAGAGAGCGAGGAGGAAAGUGAAUUUGAAGAUGAAUAUACAGGUAAUGAAGAUGGACUAUUUGCGUACUGA